AUGACGAUGAUGCAAGCAGAGGAGUACGGAGUCCAGGUUGUGCUGACGGACAACACCGAGGCUGAGUUUGACCAGGAGAUGCAACAGUCGUACGAGCGUAGCACAGCCGAAAACUAUCUUCCUGUGCCAGAGGACUUCGGCUACGCCUUGAACUUCUGGAAAGCCUACGCCUCCUCCACGCGGAGGCUCAAAGCACCUGCAUGGCGCGAAGCGGAGGAGAGCCGAUCUCCACCGCCUCUGCCUCCGCGCGUACGGCUACCCGGGCAGCGCUCCUGGGCCGAGGAGGCCGCAGUGCAGAGGAAGCUGGCUUUGGAGCAGCAGUCCAUGGGCGACCCACAG